AUGCUUAUUUUUGUCAUACUUUUAGCUUGUGUCGUAAAGUCAUACAAAGGCAAUGUUAUCGAAAUCAACACAAGCUAUCAGGCUCUUGUGUGUAAGUUUUGCUUCUUAGUUGUUGCUGUUAAGAUAGCUUAAAAAAGGAAAAAAAGCAUAAUUACUUUGAAUUUUUUAAAAAUAUUUCAGCUAUUAACGUGUUUUAGCAGAUGCGUUUUACUUUGGAUCAAACUGUCAGGGAAUAGCUAUUACUUUUUCCAUUAAUGAUGCCGAUAUUUUUGUUGCGGACGGCAAAUGUGAUGUAAAAUCCCAGUGUCCUAAGUACUGCAAUAUCCGUAAGUUAUGUUAAAAAAUAAUAUUUUAAAAAUUAAACACAAUUUAAAAUUUAUUUUGAAGUAAAUAUAUAGCUAUAACAUCAGAUUCGUUUUACUCUUUUCCAAAUCAAUUCUUUCUUUGGGAAUUAAGCUGGGCCCCUGAGGCCUUCAUUCAAACAAGGCCCUCUUGUUUAUUUUUGACCCGGUCCAUUUUAAAACUGGUUCACGUAGCCCCGGUUUCAGGCAUAUACUGUACACAUACUUAAUACGUUUUUCAGAAGCAUUUUGUAACGAGUUUUGUAACCCAUUGUGUUGUCUAUCAUUAGCUGAAGUUAAUAAACGAUGUGACUAUUCUAACUAUUCCAGCUACGAUCGUAAUUCAACCUCAUUUUCGAUGACAUCUGAAUACAUUCAAAGUAAUGGCUUAGCCGGAAUUCUAGUUAAGGAUGACAUACACUUUCUCACAACUAACAACAGCUAUGUAUCGUUUUAUGGCAAAAGCUUUUACCUACAAGUAAAGUGGUUAUUGGACAAUUAUGUUGUGUUCGGUUCCAGCAAUAAAAUUGGUCUUGGAUUAAGUCGAAAACGAUCAAACUUUCUUCAAGAUUUGUAUGCUGCAAAGCAAAUUGCUCGUUCUGUUGCUACAAUUAGCUGGCAUAAAGAUACCAUCUUUCCUAGUAUCAUUUUUGGUGAUUAUAAUGAUAAGUAUUGUACUGGUGGAUGGAAAUAUUUGACACCGGUGGAUGAGACUACUUGGAUGUUUGAUGCUAAUCAGUUUGAGUUUGUCACGAUACGUAGAAGCUAUUCUUAUCGAGUAUGUUUGAUUUAAAUUAGCUAUGUCUUCCAACUCUAAGUUAUACAUAGAAUAUGUACGAACACACAAUUAUUUUAGUUAAUGUUUUCCGAAUUUACUCCCAUCAGAAUACCCGUAAAACACGUUCAACAACUGUUGUACGAAAGCAAAUUACAUUUCCUGGCAAAAGGAUUGUACGUUGUUGAAGACAAAGGCGCUUAUAAUUAUACAUGGUCAUUAAAGUCUACAACAAUAUCAGUCAAACCAAUCGGUAGUAAAACCGACUCGAUACUAGUUCAACCAUUACAACCGAAUCCAGACAAUUUGCAGUUUAUACUUGGCUUUGACUUAUUCUACAAGUACUGUCUAGCACUGGAUUAUGGCAGAAAACAAAUGGCAUUAGCUGAUUGUGAGAUUGGUUUAGACAAUGACAUUUGA